UGAAUAGAUUUCAAAUCUUUCUAUCCAUCGCUAUCUUCUGUCUUUGGUUGUUGUUGGUGCUUUUCAUUUCCCUGUCUCUUGUUUUCAAAGUUCAAUGAUCAUCACAAGGUUUACCAUCAUCAUCAACAUUUACUGACCAGGUUCCUUUUUUUGUUAAAUUGUGUUUAGUUAAAAAUGCCAUUGAAUCUGGACAAAAAUAAACGAGACCUACUCUCUUCAUGUAAGGAGGUUCUCGAUGAGAAAAGCGGUACUACAUGGGCUGUCUACGGUUAUGAAAAAAAAUCAGAUAUUCUUGAAUUGAUUGGAUGUGGAAAUGGAUUAGAAUCUCUGGCUGAUCAAUUUUCUACUUCUCAAAUUAUGUACGCCUUUUGUCGAUACAAAUCAGCCAAUUCAGAUCUUCCAAAAUAUUUCAUUAUCAACUGGCAAGGAGAAGGUGCUCCACCGGCUCGUAAAAUGGCCUGUGCCAAUCAUAUCGACGAUUUUGUGCGAUUUUUCCGCGGAGCUAACAUGACAAUAGAAGCGAGGAAUGAAGAUGAUGUUGAACCAGUCAGUAUAAUUAAAAAAUUGGAAAGAAUCGCAGUCCAAUCCUUCAAUCUCAAAGAAAGAUCAAUCGUAGAGAAUGUAAGCCCUGUUGGUACCAAUUAUAAAAGGAUACAACCUCAAAAGGAGAUUGAUGUAAUUAAACGGGAAACAUUCUGGAAUAAAAUCCAGGAAGAAGAAAAUAAAAGACACCAAGAGGAGAAGAAGAAAUUGAGCGAGGAAAGAACAGCUCGUGAAAAGUUAUUGGUUGAAAGACAACUGAAUGAAUCGUCUCAGACCGUGAUAACUGUCAUUAAAUCAACAAAGAAUGAGAUCAAAACAGAUAAAGAUAUCAAAAGAGAAUUCGAUAGAUCAAAACUUGGAACUAGAAGCAUUGCUGAUAACCAAUGGAUAAAAGUUAAAGAUGAAGUUGAAGUUGAAGUUGAAAAAGGACAAAGCAAUGGUAAAACUUCCGAAGAGAUUAUAUCUUCAAGUUAUGUUAAAAGUCGAGUUGAAAGUUUCAAGAAAGCCUUCGAAGAAGGUAAACCACCAAUUCAGCCUGAAAAACCCAUAAAGAAAAUAAGUGAACCUUCAAAUUUAUCCAAUCAAAAUAACAAUGAUUCUCAGCUCCACUCAAUAAACAGAAUGUCUCAAAGUGAAAAAGUAAAGAAUGUGCAAAGUGAAACCGCCCAAUUAAGUGACGCAUUUAUAUCGAAAGUCAAAUUAGUUAAUGAAUCGGAAAUAGAUGUUAAAGAAGCCAUAGAAGUUGAAUCGAUUACCAACACAAAAAAAGAUUGUAGUAAUUUAGAAACUAAAGUACAAAAUGAGCUCACAAUUAAACCUAAACCGCCUUCUAAAUCUGAACAAACGCUCAAUGUUGAAUCAAAUGCUGUUCCAACUCCUUCCCCUGAGCCUGAAAUUGAUCAUGCUGAUGAUAAUCUAAAUGCUGAGAUUCAUGAGUCUGAAGACGAGUUGAAUGACAACCAGUCCGAAGAUAUACUGAAUGCUGAAGAACUGGAAGACGAGGAACACGAAGCAGUUAAUGAGGAAAUAUUCGAAGGUAUCGAGGAUGAAGAAUUAGAGGAAAUUGCACGCAGUGUAUGGAAACGCAUGUCGAAUGAUCACACCUCAUCAGAGAAUGAAGCUGACGAUAAUCGUUACUUUACAGUGAAAUCCUCCUACCUUGACCCGUUAGAAGAUAUUGCCGAGGAAACUGAAGAAAACAUCGAUGAAGAGGAAGAAAAAAGUGAUGAAUUGACUGAGCAAGAUGCCGAAUUUCAAGCAGAAAGAAAAUUUUUCGAAGAAGUCGAAAAAAGAUUCCCUAAAUCAGAAUAUGGUUUAAGAGCUCGCGCCUUAUAUGAUUAUCAAGCAGCUGAUGAAACAGAGAUUACAUUUGAUCCAGAUGAUAUAAUUACCCAUAUCGAGCAAGUUGAUAUUGGCUGGUGGCAAGGAAUGGCAUCUGAUGGAACCUAUGGUCUCUUCCCAGCAAAUUAUGUCCAACUCAUUGAAUGAUCAAUUUUUUUCGUAAAGUUCCUUCUCCUCUUAUCACAUGCAAUCUUUAAACACAAAAUAUUCUUGAACAUUUUUGUUUCUUGUUCCUCCUUUCUUAUCUUUCCUUCUCUCUUACUUAACCACUGCUUCUCAUAUUAACCCUUCUAAUUUAUUUUAACAUAAUUUCCUCACCCACUGUUUAUAAUUUAACUUUUACAAUUCCUAAAAUGUGCAGUCUCUGGUUUUUUCAGAUUGAAAAACCAUCCAGACAGUUAGUCAAAGACUGUAAGUUCCUCAUUUUCUUCAUACUCAAUCUUUAGCUUUCCUAUCAUAAUUAAUCCCUAUCAUAUCAUAUUCACGUUUGAUAUGAAUCAUUGAUCACAAUUUUUAGGUCUGAAUUCAUCUUUAAAUCAUCUCUUCCAUGAUCGGUUCAAAUACAUAUUGUAUUUGCUAUCCUGGUAAACAGUCUUCACUAAUCCAUCAUACCAAUACUUGAAUCAAAAGACCCAAAACUAACAUGGUUUUUACCAUUUUGUCCAUAUUCUAUUCUGAUUUCUUAUCAAUUCUUUUUUUCUCAUUAUUAUAUUUUUCUUUUUAUUUUGUGUUACUCGUUGUAUAUUGCGUUUAAUUAAAUUCCAUGAAAAGCAUUGAUUACCAGCUACAGGGUAAAAACUCAAAAUCGUCUGCUAGGAUUUACCAUUUAAACCUUUUUUAGAUCUACUUAUUAUUAAUCAUGACACAGUCAAUCUGAUUUUAAAUUUAAAUUUUAUCCGAAAAUUUAAGCCAAUUAAAUAUCAGAUUGUAUAAUUACGAAGCUUUACGUUCAGUUUGAAAUAUGAAUCUCUCCAGUAAAAAUGCACCGACAAACCAACCAAACAAUACAAUACAAUAAACGAGUAAUGCAACUUAUGGUUUAUCAA